UAAACUGAAUGGUCUUUGAUUUUCAUUCAUUUUUUAGCAAAUAUAUACAAGCUUAAACAUCCAAACUAAAACUAAAAAAAGAGAAAGCAAAGAUGGCGGAUUUUUAGAGGAAAACAGAUUUGGAUUUGAUGAGAAGAAUCCCACCCACGAGAUCAAGCUCCCACCAUUUCCUUCAGCAUUUCCCUAAAAGAACCUUAUGUUUCGAAGCUAACCUAUCAAGGAAGAACACCAAGAAAUGGAGCUCCUUUGAAUCCUACUCAGUCACACUUCUAGAAGGCUCAGCAAUUCCUUCUUUUAACCGCCGCUCUUCCUCCUUCAAAACUUCUCUUCUUCAGAUUUUUUGAUCCCCUCUUUUCCUAUUCCUAAAACCUCUGUUUACAUAGCAAGUAGGUGAGGGGCCAAGUAGGCUUUUCCUCCCAAGUAAGGGAAAAACCCUAGAAUCUAAAACCCUCAACAAGCCAAUACUCGUUGGAACUGCCCAUUUGGAUCUACAUAUCCCGGACUUUUGAAAUGUGAUUUUGGGCCUUGAUAUGCAGAAAGACAGCCCAUAUCAAAUCCCCUUUUAGCUGAAAGAAUGAUCUGAACAGAAACUGAUCAAAUCUGCAGUCAAACUGGGAGUUCUCAGGAAGCUUCUUCUCGGCGUCAUCGCGUGAAUAGCACCUCCGUUACCAACCAAUACAUCCGGCUUCAUUUGCUCCUGUUCUGCUGUUCACUCGCCGGGCGUAGGUGAUGCUGGACUGCGGCAGUGGUUCGAGAAGGUGAGUGUGGGUGACGGCUUCCCGAUUGACUGCAACCAAGGACUUUGAUGUGGAAGGGAGUCGGAGAUGGUGAGAUCAAAAGAAAGGAACCGACGAUUGUAGAAGGAGAAGGAGAAAGAAGAUGGUUGCCGGUGGCCUUUUGGGUUGGUGUUGGAUUGGGUUUGGCUUUAAUGGGCUCAUUAUUGAGAUUUGGGUUGGGUUUGUAAAUUUGUCUUGAUGAACUUCAUCCCUCCAACUUUCCAUUUCUUCAACUGAGUCCUUCUCUCAUCUUCUUUUCCAAUCCUCUUCAUAAAAUCCCAUUUUUGCU